GAGCCCCAGUGUGUUGGAGCUGAAAUGCUAGAUCCCAGGCCCUACAUGAGUGAGGUUGGGCACUAAUUUGGGGAUCAAGCUUUGCUCACAGUCAGAGUUCCAAUUACUCCCACAGCUAUUGGGUUAAUGUCAGGACUCUUGGGUAAGCAAUUCGUGGCGGGUCAGACAGCUAUUAUCAGGCCCAAAUAGAGGAACCACCUUCCAAAAUCCUAAACGCAAGCGAUUACAGGAGGCCCCAAGAUGGCGCUGUCGGGCCGAAGCAAUUACCACCCGGCAAAGAACAAGCUCUCGCGGUGUGUGACGAUGACGUACGACCAUUGCGGCCUAGUUGGACAGGAGAAGCCUCGGGCUGGAAUAAUGCCUGGUUCGGAAGAGAGGAAGACGCUGCUGGUACGGCACCUCCCUUCUGAGCUAACUUCGGAUGAACGGAGAGAACUGCUUGAGAAGAGCGGGGCGCAGAGUGUGCGCCUUUGUGGCGGGGAGAAAGGCAAGCUGAGAAAUACUGCAUUUGCUACUUAUCCAAAUGAAUUUGCAGCAGCAAAGGCGCUGUCUGUACUUCACCAGCUUUCUGUCUUGGGUCACACACUUGUGGUUGAAUAUGCAAAAGAAAAUCAUGUCCACUUAUCAGAUCAGCCUCCUUUCUCUGAAAAAAAGAAAAGUGCAGAGAGCAAGGAUGAUGCAAAAGACAAGACACCUCCAAAUCAGAUAUCCAUCGAAAAAGGAAUAGCUCCAAAUCAUGGACUUCUCUUUCCAGUAAAGUCCAGUUUAAAGUAUCUCUACCCUCCACCAACCAGCACUAUUCUGGCAAAUAUUGCCAAUGCUUUAGCAAGUGUUCCAAAGUUCUAUGUUCAGGUGCUGCAUUUAAUGAAUAAAAUGAAUUUACCAGCUCCCUUUGGACCACUAACUGCUCAGCCUCCCAUAUAUGCAGACUAUUUAGCACUACCUAUACUAUACCCGCCUGUGCCACCAGACCUUCCUGAAAACCCACCUUUGCCAGAGCUUGAUGAUGAUUAUGACAUGGAAGUGUCCAGCAGGGAAGAGUCCGAAUAUGAGAGUGAGGAAGAAGAAGAUAAAGAGAGAAUGGCUCGUCUGAAGGAAAUAGCAACUUUGCUGCCUAAAAGACCAACCCAAAAGAAGCAAAGUCAUCCACGUAAGAAGAAAAAGUUAAAAGAUUAUAUUACUGUACCUGCUGUGCCUCACAGCAAUGUUCACACACCUUUACAGCCUUCUGAUGUAUUUGAAGAACCAUGUAUUGUGGGCCCCAAAAAACUGGAACUGCAUAUUCCUACUGACAUACAAACUGCUACUCAGGAGCCUGAAAAAGAAGUUGAAGAAAAUGAAGAUUUAUCUGGGUUUGGCAAGAUUUACCCAGCCCAAGCUGCAAAUAUUGAAGAGGAUGAGGAGGAAGAUGAUGAUGAUUUGCCUAAGGAAUUUAUUUCUAGGAGAGAGCUUGAAAAAAGAAGAAUUACUAAAGAAGAAAUGAGGAAAGUUUCUGUUUUCAAAAAUUAUGAACCAGGCGAACCAAACUGCAGACUGUAUGUAAAAAACCUAUCCAAGCAGGUUGAAGAAAAGGAUCUUAAGUUUAUCUUUGGAAGGUUCAUCGACUUUUCAUCUGAAACAGAAAAGAACAUGUUUGAUAUUCGACUGAUGAAAGAAGGACGGAUGAAGGGCCAAGCCUUCAUAGGAUUUCCCACUGAAAACGUAGCAGCACAGGCUUUAAAACAUGUACAUGGAUAUGUACUCCAUGACAAGCCAAUGGUGAUUCAAUUUGCUCGAUCUGCUCGUCCAAAGCCUGAUGCCUCCAAACCAUCAAAGAAGAAAUAGAAAGAAAGAUGGCCGAGUAACUGCCGUUAAGCUUGAAAAGUGUAUCCUUUAUUGUUGUAUCCUUUAUGUAUUUGUUGUUGUUGCCAAAAUGGUACAAACAGUGGAGCAGGCAAAAUGCCUAUGCUGAUCAUGAAGUAUGAUAAAAAGUCAUAGACAGUGCAGCAACUAACCACUGUUAUAUCCUAUCAAUGUAUAGGGAACAUUUUCAUUAGUGUUAACUUUCUCAUAACACUUACGUUUUUUUUUUUUGGCUGAACAGAUUUUCUCUUGCAAAAAAAGAUUUAAAGCAAUAAUACCUCAACAAUAUAAUAUUUCACCAUGGCUGCUUUUUAUUAGGGAUGAACUGAAUCCAGGAUUCGGUUCGAGAUUUGGCCUUUUUCACCUGGAUUCGUUCUAUUCCUUCUGCCCAGACGAACCAAAUACUGAACCAAAUCGGAAUCCUCAUUUGCAUAUGAAAAUUAGAGUCGGGGAGUGAAAUUGCAUGACUUUUUGUCAAAAAACAAGGAAGAAUGUUUUCCCCUUCCCACCUCUAAUUUACAUAUGCAAAUUAGGAUUACGAUUUGGUUCAGUAUUUGGCCGAAUCUUUUGUGAAGGAUUUGGGGGUUCGGCCGAAUUCAAAAUAGUACAUUUGGUGCAUCUAUACUUUUAAUAUAAUAAAUUCUUUUAAAAACCAAUGCCCCAGCCACUUAUCCGAACAGUGUGAUCAUGGUUUUAUCACAUACCCAGAUAGUAUGGUCAAAAUGCCGUAUGUUGGUGUGUAUGGCCACUCAAUCCCACAUAUACACAUGCUGAUGAUCAACCCACUAUAUUAUUAUAAGAUGUGUUAUGUGUUCUGGCUUCUAAGGAUUAUAUUGUUUUAUGCCUCGGAGUGGCAAAAAAAGUCGAAUGUCAGGAAGGCUGCAAACAUCUCCAAAUUGAUCCCUGGACCUCUCCCAUUGACUUAAACAGUAAUUCGGCAGGUUUUAAGUGGCGUAUAGUCAAAUUUGAAUUCUUGAAGGGCCAGAGUAUGAUAAAUCUCGAAAAUCAAAUAAAAUUUUUUUAAAAAAAAACAACUUGAAUCGAGUUUGGAUAAUCCCUAGUCGAAUUUGACAGUUUUGACCUUAAAAAAAUGUGAUAAUAAAUCUGCACCUUGCUGUGUAUAAUUUCAUAACAGCUGUAAUAUUCUACUAAUGGUUGGAUGCAACCGCUUGAGCUCUAUAUGGUAAGUCCGUCCGUCUAAUACAGUACAAGAAGCGGUUGUUUAGGAUGCUGCCUUUAAACUACUCUUUUUCCAAAACAGCAAUUUCAAUUCAGUGACGAGAUUCAAUUUGAGACGCAAUUCAAUUCAGAAAAACGUAUCUCCCGGUUUAUCAGGUGAAAAUUCUAUAGGGCAGAUUUAUUAAGGGUCGGAUAACAAAUUAGAAUUUUCAAAUUGUACUGUUGCUCAAAACUCACAAAUUCGAACUGGGAAUAAUCCGAAUUCGAAUUUUGAGAUUUAUCAAACUUUGACCCUGGGAACAAAUUCGAAUUUGACUAUUCACCACCUAAAACCUGCCGAGUUCAUGUACAAGUCAAUGGCAGAGGUCCAGUGACUCAUUUACAGAUGUGAAUAGCCUUCCUGGCAUUCAAGGGGUUUUGUUUUUGUUUUUAGAGAAAAAUUGAAUUCACACGAAUUGAAUACGAUUAGAUUUUUUGGGUCAGAACUUUUGGAUAGAAUAUUAGACAUUAAAAAAUUUUCUUAAAUAACUGCCCAGUCGAAUUGUGAGUAUAUUCGAAUAAAAAAAUCACAUGAAUUUGAAAUCCGACCCUUGAUAAAUCAACCCCUAAGUCUGGAACUGAAUUUGGAGAAAAGUAUUUUUUUUUUCUCCUUGAUAAACCGUGAGAUAAACAUUUUCUCACUGAAUUGAAUCUAGCCCAAUGUUAGCAAUAACAUUUACUUUCUUGUAGGACAAGGUUCAUUAAUGCGACUCAAAAGCUCCCAGUUAAAUCUCAUUUAGAAAUACAUAGUACAGUACCUGUUGGGAUUUUAGAUCAUGUAGUGUACCCCAUUACUUUUCUGGGGCAAUAAUUCAUCUUUUCCAGGCUUAUGUGCUGCUGCUUUGCACUAAAAACUGCAAAAUGCUUGGAAUACUGUCACUUUUGAAUUAAACAUGUCUAGGAAAUGGCAGAUCCCUUAUUUUAAUCAUGUGCAAAAGAGCAACAUUAAAUAUUAAUAUUUGUUAUAUUUUUAUAGGAUUUAAAGAUUUAUGUGCGUGACAUUUUACACUAAAGUUUUUUUUUUUUCUCCAUACUGUGAUUUUUUCCCCCUAAAUCCAAACUCUCUUCACUGCAAACAACAAUGUUUUGCAUAUACUUCAAUCGUUAUGCUGAAAUUUAACUUAUUCAUUUCCAGUUUGUAUUUGUUUUUUUGUAAGAGCUUGGGGAACCUGGAAGCUAUAUACAUAGUACUGAGCUACCAAAUUGAAUUCUGUCAUUCAGAUCCUUUUCAUAAAGGCAGCACUAGGAAGGCAAAUGUGUUAAUCACUAGAGGUAGCUCUAAAGAACGCAGACCCUUUAACCUCUAUUUAUAUUCCAGGUAAAGCUCAUCAAGAGGAACAGCAAUUUCACUACAGACGCGUAACAGUGAGAAAUGGCAAUCUGUAAAAUGCAUGUCUUUUGGAAUGUACAUAUUUUGUGACAUUUUUUACAGUGUAAAUAAAUUUUAUUUUUCAAGUUAA